AAGUGGUAGUGGUCAAAACUCUACAGUCUAGUUGUGGAAUGGCGGCGGUUGUUAUGGUGUUGAACGGUUUUUAGUGUUAUUAUUACAAUUCGUUAGGAUUUCUGUGACAAGUGCUUAAGUCUGUGUUGUUAACUGUUCAUUCCUUUUGUAAUAAUUCAAAAUAUUAUUAACGUUUAACCGUGCAGUGUACUUGAGCUCCAAUAAGGAUGACUUAAAAUAUAAAAUGGCGUCUUCACCUCAGUAUCCCGAAUAACAAAUUGCAAUAAUCACUUUGGAUUGUUUUAGAUGAUGUUGAGAUUUAAUCAUUUGCGUUGAAAACCGCUUUUACAAAUCACAAUCAUGAAAAUAGAUAGAAGUCGAAUUAAAAAGAGCACAUCGGAAGUUCCGGCAGAAUGUCAAGCUUUGAUCGACAAACUGCGAUCAUGCUCAAGAAAAGAGCUCCUUGAGGAACUGAAAAAAAUUGAUACCUGGACUUUUGGAAAAUGCGAACUGUACCACUGGAUUGAGAUUUUAGAUUUAUGUGACUCAAUAUUGGCAGCAGCAGCUACUCGAGUCACCCCAAAGAGUUGGCAGAUUUGUUGUGAUCUGCCAGAGAAUCAGGAAUCCAAAGAGUUGCUGCUAUGGGUGCUUCACUUUACCACACUGCUUAUAGAGCACUCUUUCUCUCGCCACCUCUACAACUCUGUAGAACAUCUGCUGACCCUGCUCUCGUCAUGCGAUCUCGAUGUAGUCCUGGGAGUCCUCAACCUUCUGUACAUGUUCUCGAAACGAAGCAACUUCAUUACAAGAAUAAACGCAGAAAUGCGAAAUACUUUGCUCAAGUGUCUCACCUAUCUAGCUGAGAGUUGGGGUGGACGUGAAAAUGGAUUUGGAUUGGCGGACUGUGUCCGGGCACACACUCCUUUUCCCCUUACUGCCACCACACUGCAUUAUGAAUUCUACACAGAAGACAAGAGCUCUUCCAGCCAAGCUUCAUGCAUCCACUUAGAAAACGUAGAUCAAAUAAGUAAACUUCCCUCUGAAAUCAUGGAUGGAUUGGUGGAAUCUUUCCAUGUUCCCAAAGAUGGGCACAUGCUGCUGUUCACUCACCUCCGCCUGGCUCAUUCGUUCUCCAAUCAUAGCUUGCGGCUCAAGUGUGUGCAAGCACGGCUGCAGGCUCUGUCCGUGCUGCUUUACUCCAAUGCUGACUCCCAUAACCUUUUGUAUCCCGGUAUUCUGGAUGAGCUGGUCCAGCUACUGGAGCUACACGAUCCGGGGCUAGUGGAGAUCCGAUCUGCUGCUCUGCGCACUCUCACAUCCAUUAUCCACCUGGACCGCAGUCCCCACCUGCCCAAGAAGCCCGGGUCGAGACUGAAUAUGAUAAUAGACGUGACUGGGGCAGCGUUGUACCACGGAUUCCUACCCCAGUUGGUGCGAAGUUGCAUCAGUUCUCUGACCACUGAUGGGUCCCAGGCCAGUGACGCACCUGAGGAUCAGUUCCCCUUACCUUUGGCCACCGCUCUCUUCAGUUUCCUGUACCACUUGGCCAGCUACGAGGCCGGCGGCGAGGCCCUCGUCAGCUGCGGCAUGAUGGAGUGCCUUCUUCGGGUCAUUAACUGGCCCGGCUUGGAGCUUGAGCAUAUUACUUUUGUAACAAGAGCAGUUCGAGUUAUCGAUCUUAUCACAAAUAUUGACAUGCAGUCCUUCCAAAGCCAUGGUGGACUCAACAGUUUCAUAAACCGACUUGAGAUGGAAAUUAACAUAUGCAGGCAGGACCAGCCGUACGAGAUAGUUGUUCAGUCACAGCGGCAAUUUCAACAUGCCGAUUCAGUUGGUGAAGGAAACUCACCCCCUAUAAAUCAAGAGGAACCGAUGGAUUUUGUCGAUGAAGAAAUGGUCAGAAUUGCAAUAGAUAGAGUAGCUGUUGACAGUGACUCAAAUCCAUCGUGUUCAAAAGAACUUAUGUCAUUUUCAGAAUCCAGUUAUGAAAAAAGCCAGAACUCUGAAAAUUCGUCUUCAAAAGUAAACAAGACUUGUUUGCCACAAAGAGCAGCACUCCUUAAAUCAAUGUUGAAUUUCUUGAAAAAAGCCUUGCAGGAUCCUGCAUUUACAGAGAGCAUCCGCCACGUCAUGGAUGGCUCACUACCUACUUCACUUAAGCAUAUCAUCAGCAAUGCUGAGUACUAUGGUCCGAGCUUGUUCCUCCUGGCCACAGACGUAGUAGCAGUUUACGUGUUCCAUGAACCCUCUCUGCUGUCUUCACUUCAAGACAUUGGCCUGACUGACGUUGUACUCCAUGCCCUGCUCAUAAAAGAUGUUCCUGCCACCCGGGAGGUACUGGGUUCGGUACCAAACGUAUUCAGUGCACUCUGCUUGAACACACGAGGUUUGGCGUCUUUCAUUAAGUACAAGCCGUUCGAAAAGCUGUUCAAAGUGUUACUCUCACCCAAUUACCUGUCAGCUAUGCGCCGGCGCCGUAGCUCAGAUCCCAUCGGUGACACCGCCUCCAACUUGGGAAACGCAAUGGAUGAGUUGAUGCGACACCAGCCUAGCCUCAAGUCCGAUGCCAUUGCAGCUAUUAUUAAGUUGCUGCAAGAGCUGUGUCUGCUGGGUCACGACCCUAAGUACGUAUGCUGGAAACCUCAGAAAGGCUCCUCUGGGGAGUCACCUCACCCUGUGCCCAGAGUAUCCAAUGAGGCAGGCAGUAGUGAUGAGGAAGAGGAGGAUGAGGAAGAGGCCUCUACCUCAUCUCACCCUCAACGCGAAGACUCUUCUGUUGAAACCAGCACCACAUUCAGUGAGAAAACACCAGUAGCGCUUGUCGACUACAUACUCAACGUGAUGAAAUUCGUUGAUGCUAUUCUCAGCAACAACUCAACUGAUGAUCACUGCCGGGAGUUUGUCAGCCAAAAUGGUCUGGUACCGUUGCUGUCUAUUCUAGCACUCCCGAACUUGCCAGUAGACUACCCUAUUACUCCUGCUGCGCAGGCAGUUGCUUCCGUCUGCAAAUCAGUUCUGAACCUCGCGCAUGAGGCACAAGUGAUGAAGUCCGGCCUAUCCCAGCUGUCCGAGGUGCUGAGCAGACUGAACCCCCUUUGUCAUCGACAGAAGGAGCAAUGUGGUAGCAUACUGCUGGAGGAACUGGCUAGAGCUCCCAACAUGGAAACAGCCUUUUCAACACCCUCCGCCACCCCCCUACUACAUGCCAUGGCGGCUACUCAUGGAUAUGUCAUCAUGUUUGUGCACGUCUGUCGCACAGGCCAGUUGGACAUUCGCACCAUCUCGAUUAACAACUGGGGCUCAGAGCUGGGGUUGACAGUGCUUGCACAGUUGGCGGACCUGUACUCUGCACUAGUGUGGGAGAGCACAGUCCUGUUGGCACUCUGUAGUGAGGACUCAAACCGUGAGUUCUCCAAGGAAGAGAUCUUCAAGUACUGCCCACCGUCUAUGAUGAGAAUGGUAAGACUAGUUUAUAGAAUUUAUGGUCUUAUUUCAUGUGUUAAGUUAGCUCUUUCCAAUCUGAGAGUAUGGAUAUAUCCAGUGAAUCGCAAGAAGAAAAUAUGGAGGUGGACGACGAGAAAUUUUUCAAACCGAUCUUCAUCGAAGUCAACCUCUGUUAUUCCUCCCAACAUCAAGCUAAAGUACAUUAAACCUUUAUUGGGAGCUUCAUCGAGAUUGGGGAGGGCCCUUGCAGAACUGUUUGGUCUCCUGGUCAAGCUGUGUGUAGGGUUCCCUGUGCGCACUCGCCGAGGCAACCACUUGACCAACACACCAGUAUCCCCGACCCCUUCUGCGCACAACGUAGCCAACUCCCUGGCUGCCCUUCUCACCCGUGGGCUCAGUCCCCAUUAUCUGCCUAAUUCACCCGUUGCAAAGUUCAAACUCACUUAUUUGAUAUGUUCUGUGGGAUUCACUCAGCCGAUGUUGUUUGAUGAGAAGAGAUAUCCGUACCAUCUUAUGCUUCUCAAGUUUGUUAAGUCUAAAGGACAAAAAGCGUUUUUUGACACAUUCCUAUGGGCUCUGAGUGGUGGUGGAACCUGCCAACAAAUGGAGGCCACAGCGACAUCCAAAGACCUCCCUGAAGGCACCGGAGAAUUUAUAGAUGCCUGGUUGCUUCUACUCGAGAAGAUGGCAAAUCCAAAAGCGAUCUAUGAAUCCACUCACAUGCUGCCCUCCAGAUUUAUGCCCGGAAGCAAUUACUUCAGCUCUCUGAAAUAUGUGCAACAAGUUCAUAGGAUGGCGUUCAAUGCUUUAUCAUAUCUUUGGGGGCGCAAACCCUUUCCUAACUAUGGAGCACGAAUUACAGAAACAAUGCUCACGAUUUACAGACACAUACUUCGUGGAGACAUGUUGCUAGAGGAGCGCAAACAGAAGGAAAGCGAAACCACAGUGUUGGUGAAUCCUGCUGCAUCAGAGGGAAGACGAGGUGGUGCCGGUAGGGAACACAGGCCAGAGGUAAACCCUACAGAGCUCACUCAGCUCAUGGAUAUGGGCUUCUCACGAGAGCAUUGCUACGAGGCACUCAUUCUCACUGCCACACUUGAACAUGCCACCGAUUACUUACUAAACAACUUUUUCCCGCAUAACGUUCAACCGAGCCCCUCAACGGAAUGUGAUGAGCAAGACUUAUGGGAGGAGCCAUUAGACACUGAUGUUCUUGCUCGGUUUUCAAAUCAAGUCCUGCAAACAUGUCUUGAUUAUGUCGAGAGCAUGCCAGAGACAGUUUACAGAGCUUGUGAUCUGUUGACUAUCAUCAUAAGACGCAACGGAGAAUCGUAUUGUUACAAGUUACUUAACGCACUGGCAACAGAGACAAUAGAUAAUGUGAACAUGUUACUGGAAGAACUCGUGUUCAAUGUGGCUAAGAGGAACUCAUACAGUCCGAGGGAGGGUCGUCCCAAACCGGACAUCCACGAGACUGUGCUAAACUCAACAUACUCGUUGCGAAUUGCGGGCAAUUUGCACCUCUUCAUGCUGCUGUUUGAGGAGAUACGAGUGCCGUGCGCCAAAGUGGUACACUCGACAGGUCUACUUUCUGUGCUCAUCCGACUGAUGGCACAUGUGACAGAGUUUAUGGGAGAGGGUGACGCAACACCCAAGUGGAUGGCACCCUUGCUUCUGCUCAUUGAUCUUCUUGAGAAGGUUUCAGUCUGUGUCAACAGAAAAAUAGAGAUGCACAAGGUAACAACACACAUCUGGCGGUGGCUGGACUUGGCAUCUGGCAAGUGGUCAUUAUACAUGCCAAACAACAACAAGUUGAUCAAUGAGGCGUACUGGAGAGGUGACAGAGAUGUCACAAUCACCAGUGGCCGCAGACGUUACACCAUUGCCUUUGCCAGCAUGUGUCAGAUCAAUGAUGAUUCAGGGAAAGCACGACCUGUUAUGAUGACCCUGGUGGAACCUAAAGAAUCCUUAUCAAAAAGUAAUUAUGAAAACCAGCCCACAGAAGUACCAGCUCCUAUCUCAAGAUUCUUGAAUCUCGAAGACAAAGAUCCCAAUGACACGGUAGAAUCCCUCUCAGAGCCUGAAUAUUAUGUAGAUUUCUUUCAUCGCCGUUUUGGUCUGGAAAGGAUUGCUGGUGUGGACUCAGAUGACAUUGAAGUAAUUCUGAGAUCCUGCAUGCAGCUGAUCUCAAAACCAGUGGAUGCAGACACACUACACGCGGUUAUGCAGCUGUGUGUUCGCUUUACCAGAGACUAUGCGCAUGCUCGCUAUAUUGCUGAGCUGGGUGUGGUCACGCAGCUGCUCAAACUAACACAGGCCUCAGCGUUCACGGGGUUUGUUGGUCUGGCCACUAUGUUGAUCCGGCACAUCCUCGAGGAGCCUGCUAACAUCACAGCUGCUAUUGAGCGGGUGAUUCGAUUCAAGACAUUACCAAAUAUACCGCCAACAUUCAAAGAACUUCACUACAUUCUUCGUGAGUGUGCCCCAGCCAUCUGUAGGAAUCCUAGGAUCUUCAUGAAUGUAGCCAGAGAGAUCAUGCGUGUUGAUAUAUCUGUCCUAAACAAACGCAGUGAAGAAGAUGACCAUAGACUAUUGAUGAAAUGCCUGCCUUCUGAGAACCCUAAAGGAGGCCCCAAAGAGGUGGACGUGCUGGUCAAGCGCACGGUCGUGCAAUUGCUGAACUUCUUGUUGGAGGCUUAUCAGGAGGAGUUGGAGGCUGCGAACGAGACACCAGCUGAUGAGGAAAAUCAGACGGAAACUUCUGCAGGCUUACAGCCGGGUGAAUCUUUACAUUUCAACGAAGAGAACACUUCUAGUGGUUCCAGCCUAAGGAACAAUGAAGAACCAGAUUUAGACAACUUCAAUGCAUCAAACUUGCCUAUGUAUAUAGCUGCCACCGGCCCAGUCACCAGUUCCUAUAAUACACCAAAGAAAGCAACUCCUGCUCCACAGAGCACACAGCAGGACAGGAGAAAGCGCACACCGUUAUUGACCAUCUCCAAUGUUCUCAAAAUCUUGGGGGAUGCCGUCCGCUCGUACGGCUGUAUCGCAAAGAUGAUCACUGACCACAAGUUCACGGCUAAGCAGACCGAGUUCUUGAAAGAGGACUGUACAGCCAUCGCGUUUGUGUUGGACUACCUGAUGCCUGUGGUAGAGAACAGCACACAAGUGGACCAGGACCGACCUAACAUGGCACGGAACCUGCUGGCAGCUCUGGCCAGUUGCAACCACUCCCCCGAGGCCCAGUGCGCUCUCGUGUCCGAGGUAAAGUCUGCCCUGGGCAGAACUGUGGCAUGGCCUGAGUCCAGCAAGAAGCACACUCACAUCCAAGACUUAGUGGGAGUGGUAACUACCAUGAUAGAGAACUGUCCUCCAGUUCCCAUCAGUAGCACCCCACUCAGCCCUGCUCUGAAACUCAACCAAUACAGUGUGAACAACAUGGUGAGAUUCAUGAUGCGCAAGGGCAUUGUGACCGACCUGGCUCGUAUACCACACAGCUUGGACCUGUCCAGUCCCAAGAUGGCAGCUACCAUCAAUGCUGUGCUGAAGCCUCUGGAAACCCUAUCUCGCAUCAUGAGCCAGCCGUCCGGAAGCUCUAUUCCCAAGACCAAGCCGAAGCUGGGUGCUGCCAACGCCCAAAGCACCGAUGAAGUAAACCCACAACCCCCAACUAACAGCCAGUUAGACACCAACCAAACUACUCAGAUGGACCAGUCAGGCGGGCCAGUCGCUGGUGAAGUAGCCGAUGAUGACAAUGCAGACAUCAUUGAUGAACACCCAGAGAUACUAAAUGAGGUGAUGAACAGGGUAGUUGAAACCGUCAAUGAAAUGGAAGAUCUUAUGCAAAAUGUUAUGGAUCGCAGAAGAAUACCAAAUAUUAGAGUGGAAAGACGAAGGCGCUCAAGAAGAGGGCAGUCCCGAGUGAUCAAUGAACUCACUAGGUUCAGCUCAAUAUUCUCUUCGAGCACGGAUCUCAACACCUUCUCCAAUAAUGAGGAAACAAGUCAGGAUAGUAGUAGUGAUGAUUCGGACUCUACUCCCACUGACAGGGUGGUGCACUUGGAUGAUGAUGCGGCCACAGAUAUUGAAGAUCAGGUAGAGGAGGAAGAUGAUGACGACGAUGACGACGAGGAGGAGGAAGAAGAUGAUGAUGACGAUGACGACGAUGAUGAUGACGACGACCAGGAAGGAGAAGAUAAUGAGGGUGAGGAAAGUAACGGGGGCUAUGAUGAAGAUGGCCUGGAGUUAUUUGAACCCGAUGAAGGCUUGUUUCGCAUUCCUGGUCUUGACAGAGACUCUGAUGACUUCUUAAUGAUUGAAUACUCAGAGCCCGAUCCGAGUGCCCCACUCGGCCAGCCCUGGUCACGAGAGUCCUUCUUGCCUUUCAGUCUCUUUGAAGAGGCUGGAAAUGCCAACCCAGACUCAUCAGGAAACAGCAGAAUACCGACUCACCAUCCACUACUGAUGGCACGGCAGCCCGUGGACCAGCCCUCCAGCACAUCAGGUACACGCACACAGCGCAUGAGUCGUACACGCAGAUAUCAGUAUGUGCAGAUGAACCGGGCCGCUGUCGCAGCUCCUGUUUUCCUUCAAAGAUUGAUGGGCCAGAAUUCGGGUGAUCCGCCCAGUUAUCUCAACAUUCCAGGCCACCCAGGAAACACGUACGGGGAGAUGUUAGCUUCAACCUUCCCCAAUACCCGAUUAAUAGUGAUGGACAAUGGUUUGGGCAUCCUCACAAAUGCAGAGGAGGAGCAGAUUAACUUUGUUGAUCAGUCCGGGUACCUGUUGGGCCCCAGCCUUGCCGCAACACUCAACAACGUCCCCACGUCUAUGUAUUGGUGGAACGAGGAGUUACGACUUCUUGAUCGAGACUCUAUCUGCGACUGCGCUAUACGUGUUGGAUUUGAACUGGUGCCAUCUUUUGAGCAUUAUAAGAAUCUAGAAUUUGCAGAACGUAAAGAAAAACGUAAGAAGAUGGAUGAUGAAGAGGACAAUAACAAGAAAGCUUGUACAAGCAGUGGAGAGACGGAGAAGAAAAAAUUAUAUGAUGGUAUAAUGGAUAUGUUUGAACCGACCCCUCGACCACCGGCCAGAACUCCACGUCGCAUAGCCAUGCUGGCUGCUGCUCAGGAGGUGGCCCAAGCGACGGAGAGUCUAGCCGGUUCUAUUGUGGAAUCUGUCCUACAUCCCCGUAAUCCUCUGUACCCCCCUAAUGUUCGACCCCUGCUGCCGAUACAACCCCCCGGAGGACCAUCGUCUCCACCACAAGAACCGACUGAUCAGUCUCAACCACCGACCGAUGAUGACAACUCGUCAGCUGUUGUCGUGCACUUCGUAUCGCCCCAGCGGACACAAGCUUCCAGCAUCCCAGAAGCUCUCGAGCUGAUUCCUGUGGCUCAGUCUCUCCCGGAACUUUCGGAUCCCAUGGGUUUGAUUCCCGGAAGUGUUCCGUACCAGCCACCCGGUGAUCCCGAAGAUGGAUUCUACCGAGUUAAUCCCGCAUUGCUUGUCAACAGCAGAAAUGAAAACAGUGAUAUUAUUGAGAUCAGGGAAAGCAACGAAAAUGGCAGCAGUAGUGAUAGUGAACCGAUGGUUCCUACAAGUGAGGCAAGGGCCCUUAACAACGACUAUAGGAUCCUCGGAACACUGCCAGUAGACAUGACCUCCUCUGGCUCAGGUGGCUCUCAAUUCCUGAUCAACUCUGGCGGCGGAACUAUGGUAGCGAUCGGCCAGGGAAAUGAGGCGUUAGAGAUAGAAAUGGCUGCUACCUGGCUACAGUCUCAGAUGGCAGCACAAAGCAGUCCUAUUGAAGACGAGUUGUUUGAGCAGCCAUUAACACAGCCGUCUUCUCAGUCUCAGGCAGAAGUACAGCCUGAACCUCUUCCUGACAGUCCUCCUCAUGUUAUCCGAAGUCCAGAUUACUCUCCCCCGCCUCCACCUCCAAUGCCUUUACCCAUGGAGCCUUCUACUGGAGCAAACCCAGUUUUAUCUAUUGCGUCCCAGAGUUCCUUCUUGUCUGAAGAAAUCCCAGAAGGUGUGGAUCCAUCUUUCUUAGCCGCUCUUCCAGAAGAUAUGAGAGCCGAAGUGCUGUCAGAGCAUUUAAGAUUGCAAAGACUACAAAAUAGGGUGCAGCAGAACACAGAGGAGAGCUCUCAGUUCCCUCAAGGAACCAGUAGUGGUAUGGAGGUGAAUGCUGACUUCCUGGCUGCUCUGCCUCCUGCCAUACAGGAGGAGGUUCUGGCGCAGCAGCGGCUCGAGCAGCAGAGACAGGCAGCCGCGCUUUGUAACCCCAACGAUCCGGUAGACGCGGCUGCUUUCUUCCAAGACCUCCCCCAUUCUCUUCGCCAAGCUAUUCUGACGGAUAUGGAGGAGUCCCAGAUUUCCGUUCUACCACCAGAUCUAGCUGCCGAGGCUCAGAAUUUGCGCCGGGAGUGGGAGGCUCGCAACCGUCAGCUGAUGCAGGAGAGGUUCCUGUCACAUGUGACCCACACGAGUGCGCUAUCCUCUAUCCUACGUCACUCCAGCACUCCCAGAAACAUAAGGAGGCCGACAGGACCGCGGUACACGAUUCAGAACAUGAUGAAUCCUAGCAACCGCACCCAUUGGCUAAGCUCCUGGAACCUGGGCACUCGGCUUCUGGAUGGUGUGCAGUCAGGUUCACAAGUGCCCAGUCUGGGUGCGAGUAUUACCAACUCUAACAUCAUGGGCAGGCCCAGAGGUCGUCAAGUGUUGGACUAUGAGAGCAUAUCCUGCCUGCUGGUGUUGUUGUUUGUAGACGACUCAAGGCUCAACACUGCUCGUCUACACAGAGUGUUCCGCAACCUCUGCUAUCAUCCACCCACAAGGGAGUGGGUCAUUAGGGCCAUCCUCUCCAUAAUGGAGAAGAGCAAUGAGGGUCAGGGAGCCAUUGUGGGAGAGCUCCCACAGCAGAAUACCGGCGCAGUACGCAGGGUGACGCGCAGUCAGACACAGCCUGGGUCCAAUUUGGAGAGCAGUACCACCUCCUCUUCCCCCUCCUCCCUCAUGUCAAGUUCCAGCUCCAGUUGGAAUGCGACACGCUCCGGCUCGUCCUGGCUCAACAUCAGCAUGGAUGCUGCCCUCGGCUGUCGAGCCACCGUCUUUCAUGUCCAUAAAAACCCCGGUCGCCGCAACGACAAGUCCAUUACCAUUAAUCCCCAAGCCGCCCCUUUUGUAUAUAGACAUGCCUUAGAUAUAUUGAUCUCAUUAGCAAGAAUAUUCCCGAGCUACUUUGUGCCUGGCAAAGCCGUGGCAAGCCCGAAUAGCAGUGCUGCCGCCGCCACCUCCCUUCCUAAGUCGUCAAAGUCUCCUCGACCAGACAACACUUCCAACUUCUGGGACUUGCUGAUUCGCCUGGACUCCCUAAGUACCUCCAAGAAGGGAAAAACCGCAGCACGCCCCAGCACCACCCCCGCUUCCGACCCGGAGAACCUCUGCCUGGAGAGCUCUCCAUUUGGCCAACUUCUUAAAAUGCUUGCCUCUCCAGUUGUCCACCGUAGCCCACUGCUCAUGGACAAACUGUUACGCCUCCUCUCCCUCAUUUCUAUCAGUCUCCAAGUUCAUAAACAACGCCUGUGGGACAAGGUGGAGGUGAACCCAGUGACUCUCCACCAUCUGGGGUUGGCCAUCAAUGUAUUGACUUCCAACACAUGCUCUGAGGAGGGGUUGGAAGAUGCUACUGCCCUGUUGCUCAACAUGACUGUCAACUUGGCCAACACCCGAGAAACUGUGUUAAACCUGCUGUUGGAUGGAGCACGCAACAUGGCCUCCAUCGUUUGUGUACAUAUAGAAAGUUUGCUGAAUGAGUUGCGAGUUCUCAACAGCCAACAAGUUCAAAAUGACGAGUUAGAAGAUAAUAGUGUAGAUAGUAGGCUAACAAGCCUGAAAGGUAUUUUAAGUAAUAGGUUUACCAAAGACACAGUAGUAGUAACUGCUCCCAAAAAAGUGAAAGCUGGCCUUGAUCUGCAGCUGAACUCAAUGGCUCCACUUAUCUCCAAAACAUCAAGCCAAGCUUUCUUCCUUAGAAUUCUUAAGGUUAUUGUACAGUUAAGAGAAUCCGUCCGUAAUUUUGAUAAGAAGAAAAGAAAACAAGCAGCUGAAAUGGCAAGCAGUGGGGGAACCCAGUCUAGUGAUCCCACCACAUCGUCCAGUGAUCCGUCAUCGCAAGAUGAUAUAAUUCCUCCGUCACAGGAAGUACCCAUGGAUACCAGUCCCCCAUCAUCUAACUUCAUGCCCACCAGCUCUGGUACUGGGGAAGAUGAGGGUAAGAGCGAAAAGUCUGAUGAUACGCCACUGCCACCUCUUAGUGAGCAACUCAACCUGGACAUCCUGUGGAACACACUCAGCGAGUGUCUGACAGAGCUGCAACACACGCAGGACAACCACGCGGUGUUGGUUCUUCAGCCGGCAGUGGAAGCCUUCUUCCUGGUGCACGCCAGUGGAAUGGAGAAGCCGGAAACAUCAAGAGGUUCAGGUGCGGAGGAGCGCAUCGUCACAGAACGUGUUGUCACCGAGCGUGCCAGUGUGGACCGGGAGCGUCAGCCGUCGGGGACUAUCAACAGUCCCAACAACCGCAGUCAGAGUCAAGGUGGCCUUGGCCUGGACGGUCUGACCCCUGCCCCUCCGCCAGUGUCCCCCCUACCUUCUGACCCCGCCAACGAUGUCCAACCGUCAACAUCCUCCAGCUAUUUCAGCAACCUCAGCCAGGGCUCAGAGUCACUUACUCCUGUACCUCCACACCAGCUUAAAUUCCUCAAGUUUGCCGAAACACAUCGUACUGUAUUAAAUCAAAUAUUACGGCAGUGCACUACUCCACUUUUGGAAGGUCCAUUCGCUGUACUCGUGAAUCAUACCCGAGUUUUGGACUUUGACGUGAAGCGUAGAUACUUCCGAGGCGAAUUGGAGCGAGCGGAUGAAGGUCACCGCCGUGAGGAAUUAGCAGUUCAUGUGCGUAGGACUCAAGUCUUUGAGGAUUCGUUCAGAGAACUACAUAGAAGAACACCCGACGAAUGGAAGAAUCGUUUCUACAUUGUGUUUGAAGGGGAGGAAGGCCAAGACGCAGGAGGCCUGUUGAGAGAGUGGUACAUGAUCAUCUCCAGAGAGAUAUUCAACCCGAUGUACGCUCUGUUCACCACAUCCCCUGGCGAUAGAGUUACCUACAUGAUCAAUCCCUCGUCACACUGCAACCCGAACCAUCUAUGCUACUUUAAGUUUGUUGGCCGAGUUAUUGCGAAAGCGAUCUACGACAACAAGCUGCUGGAAUGCUACUUCACCCGUUCAUUCUAUAAGCACAUUCUGGGGAUUCUAGUCAAGUACACGGAUAUGGAGAGUGAGGAUUACACUUUCUACCAGGGACUGGUGUUCCUUAUGGAGAACCCAGUGGACAGCAUCGGUUACGAGCCUACCUUCAGCACUGAGGUGCAAGAGUUUGGCGUGACAGAAAUUAGAGAUCUUAUCCCCAAUGGACGUAACCUGCUCGUGACUGAGGAGAAUAAGAUGGAGUACAUUCGACUAGUCUGCCAGAUGAAAAUGACAGGAGCCAUUAGAAAACAGUUGAAUGCGUUCUUGGAAGGAUUCUAUGACAUUAUACCGAUGCGACUGAUAAGCAUCUUCAAUGAACAAGAGUUGGAAUUGCUGAUAUCCGGACUGCCAAAUGUAGAUAUUGAAGAUCUCAAGGCCAACACAGAAUACUACAAAUACCAGCCCAACUCUUUGCAGAUUCAGUGGUUCUGGCGUGCCCUUCGAGAGUUUGACCAGGCUGAGAGAGCCAAGUUUCUUCAGUUCGUCACAGGAACUUCCAAGGUUCCUCUGCAAGGCUUUGCUGCCCUCGAGGGCAUGAACGGUGUACAAAAGUUCCAAAUUCAUCGAGAUGAGAGAUCAACCGACCGAUUGCCUUCUGCUCAUACGUGUUUUAACCAGUUGGAUCUGCCUGUAUAUGAGACUUACACGAAGCUGCGGUUAUACCUUCUCAAAGCUAUCCACGAGUGUUCAGAGGGCUUUGGGUUUGCCUAAGAAUUAAGACAUGUUAGGGUUCAAUUUUUGAGACUGAGCGUAAUUUUCAAAACAAACAGAUUACUAUUUCCUAGUUUUAACUAAAUAAUAUUCCAGAAGUUCACAUAAAAUAAUGUCAUGGAAACUUAUUUACCCACACACAAUGCUAUACAUUAUUAAGAAGAAACGAAAACAUGACCUUUUAAGGAACAAUAUUAUUUUACAUAAAGUUUAAAAUAUGCAAUUUUGUAACUGGAAUGUAAUGAAGUCACACGACACACUAUGUUACUGUGUUAAAAUAGAAUAUUAAUUUUGUUCGAUAUUGUAAAAAGUUACGUUUUGUAUUUUAAAUGUUAAUUUUGAGAAGUAAGCAUAAUUUGAACUAAUGCAUUAUUUUCGUAUAAUUUAAGUAAGUUGUUGAAAUGUUUACUAUAUAGAAUAAAGUUUUUUAAAUGGA